AUGAAUGAGCCCCGCUCGGCCAAGAGCAACGGCGCACAGGAGAUCCAGAGCUGGAUCACGGAGGUGGCCCCCUAUGUGAAGAGCCUGGCGCCCAACCAACUGGUGACUGUGGGAGAGGACGGCUUCUACCAGGCCUCCAACUGCCAAGCAGCCUCGGCCAACCCGAGCAACUCUGGCGGCGGCGGCGCGUGGCCGCUGCAAACCGGGCAGGACUUUUUGCCCAACCACCUCGUGGACGGAAUCGACUUUGCAUCCAUCCACAUGUGGCCAGACAACUGGGACAGGACCGACCAGGCCUUUGGCCGCGCGUGGCUGGACGCUCACAUGAAGGAUGCUUGGUACCUGGGCAAGCCGGUGGUCAUUGAGGAGUUCGGCAAGGCCCAGGGCGGCUGGAUGGCGGCAGCAACAGAGACAUACGCAAAUCAGUACAGCUACUUCAAGCUAACCUACGACUACGCGCUCGGCUCGGUGACGUCCGGCUACGGCUACAAGGGCAUCAUGUUCUGGCGCUGGGCCUCGGUGGACGCGGCUGCCAACAACGGCGGCUUCGACGAGGCAGCCACCAUCUGUGCGCUGCUUUGCCUCUCUCUGCUCUGA